GAGCCGCCAGGACCCGUCCGCCCGCUGACACCUUCUUUUAGAGUGGCAGAGGCGCAGCUGGGUUUUACUGUGCUCAGGUGCAGCAGAGACACUUGACAGCUGCCACACCCCCCACACUCACACGCGCACACAUACACACCUGGCCUGACUCACACGCUGUAGCAGGACCGAUCAUCGCCCGGACUCACCUGCGUCCCCGAGCGAGACCUUCUCCCCCUGGACAGACCAGCCCCGGGCCUCUGGUCUGCGUCGCCCGCUGCCCCAGCUGUGUACCAUGGUGCGCCACAACACCUGCCUCAUGAGUAUGCCUUCAGUCAGUGCCAACAGCCAGCUGCCAGCCACCUGGAGCCCACACUACACCUGUGCGGAUGUGAGCACCAUGGCUCCAGGCUACACGGGUCGCCUCUGGACCCAGGAGACGCCGCCCCAGUUCUGGUCCAAGUUCCAGGUGUGGGAGUGGCUGCAGCAGACACUGGACAUGCACCAGAUCGACGCCACCAGCAUUCCCUUCCACAACUUCGACAUGGACGGGCGCCAACUCUGCAGCAUGAGCUUCCAGGACUUCACGCGGGCUGCCGGCUCCGUGGGACCCCUGCUCUACCAGAGCCUCACAGACCUCAAGUGGAGCGGCGGGGCAGGUCAGUACACCGCAGAGAUGUUUACGCCAUCUGAGGUUAAAACAGAGGUGGAAGAAUUUUCCUGCUCCUUGCUGCCGUUUAAGGAGGAGAGCUACUUCUACAGUACUUCACCUUCAGACCUGUACGAUAUGAAGCAGUCCUUCCCAACCACUACCACUGGGAUCUCCUCCAUCCCCGCCAGUCCAGAGUCAAAGAGACAACAGAGCCGUGCUCCAGUCGCACCCGUCAAAAGACACAACCCCCGUGGGACGCACCUCUGGGAAUUCAUCCGCGACAUCCUCCUGCACCCGGAGCGGAACCCGGGCCUCAUUAAGUGGGAGGACCGUGCCGAGGGCAUCUUUCGCUUCCUCAAGUCAGAGGCCGUGGCCCAGCUGUGGGGCAAGAAGAAGAAUAACAGCAGCAUGACCUACGAGAAGCUGAGCCGCGCCAUGAGGUACUACUACAAGCGAGAGAUCCUGGAGCGGGUGGACGGACGCAGACUGGUCUACAAGUUCGGUCGAAAUGCCAGGGGCUGGAGGGAGUCCGACAAGUGAGGGGUUUGAACCCCACAUCCUGCCACUGUUUGCAGAAGCACUGAGGAAAAAGCAGCUCUUCACAGCACCGCAUCUGUUACUGGGAAAAAAAAAGACUGGAGCAUCUUUUAUUAUCACUCUCGUUUUUGUAUCUUUGCUUUGAACCAACCGUCUCUGGAAAACAAAAACUAUGAACGUCUGUUUGCUUCUUUUGUUUUGUUACUUCUGUUGACAAAGGAGGUCGUGGAGCGGGACGAAGAACAUGCACAUCGCUCCUGCAGACAUAAGGGUCUGGUGGUUGGCACGCUCCACCAAAACAUAUUCACAUUCACGGCUUACGCCUCCAUUCUGCUGUGGAGGCACCAGGGGGCACAGUGAUCAGAGCUGCUUCCUUCCACUCGAAGGACCCUGGGUCAAAUCACACCUCCUGCUGUAGUACCCUUGAUCAAGGUGCUUAUCCUGAAUGUGA